CACAGACCCACUGCGAGACGGACACACACUCACACUCAGACACACAACUGCACGCAGCGAGGCUCGGAAAGUCAGGUCGCCUCCUCGCCUCGGCGCCUUCGCUCCAGCCAGCCGGUUCUCCCCUGGGGCCCGGAGCUCGGCCGGGCCGCGCAGCCCCAAAACAGGACGAGCUCGGCGGACCCCGGUUCCUCCAUGGGCAAACGCGGGCGGCCGCGCAAGGAGGCGCGCUGCGAGGGUGCGGGGCUGGCCCCCGCCGCGCCCCCGGCCGUGACCGCGCCCCAGCCCCCGGCCCAGCCAGAGGAGCUCGCGGGGGCCAAGCUCAGGUGCCCCUUCUCGGACAUUUUCAACACCAGCGAGAACUCGAUGGAGAAGCACAUCAACACUUUUCUGCAGAACGUGCAGAUUCUGCUCGAGGCCGCCAGCUACCUGGAGCAGAUCGAGAAAGAAAACAAAAAGUGUGAACAUGGCUACGCCUCAGCGUUCCCCUCCAUGCCGAGCCCCCGGCUGCAGCAUUCAAAGCCCCCACGGAGGUUGAGCCGGGCACAGAAACACAGCAGCGGGAGCAGCAACACCAGCACUGCCAACAGGUCUACACACAAUGAGCUGGAAAAGAAUCGACGAGCUCAUCUUCGCCUGUGUUUAGAACGCUUAAAAGUUCUGAUUCCACUAGGACCAGAUUGCACCAGGCACACAACACUUGGUUUGCUCAACAAAGCCAAAGCACACAUCAAGAAACUUGAAGAAGCUGAAAGGAAGAGCCAGCACCAGCUAGAGAAUUUGGAACGAGAACAGAGAUUUUUAAAGCGGCGACUGGAACAGCUGCAGGGUCCUCAAGAGAUGGAACGAAUACGAAUGGACAGCAUUGGAUCAACUAUUUCUUCAGAUCGUUCUGAUUCAGAGCGAGAGGAGAUUGAAGUGGAUGUUGAAAGCACAGAGUUCUCCCAUGGAGAAGUGGACAAUAUCAGUACCACCAGCAUCAGUGACAUUGAUGACCACAGCAGCCUGCAGAGUAUUGGGAGUGACGAGGGUUACUCCAGUGCCAGUGUCAAACUUUCGUUCACUUCCUAGAACCCAGCAUGACAUAACAGUGCAGGGCAAGAUAUUCACUGGGCCAGUUCAAUCCAAACAAUCUCUUAAAUUGGGUUCAUGAUGCAGUCUCCUCUUUAAAGCUAAACAAAACUAUACUUGAAUGGAAGGGUCAGGAGACCUCUAUCUAAGCAAAUACUUAGCAAAAAGUGGAGCAGAGUCUCCUCAGCAGAACAAAUAUUCGUAAUAUUCAUAUCUGAAAAUCAGUUUCUAAUGGCAGCAGAAAACGUGUGUGAAAUUUUCUCGAUUUGAUUUAGUUGAUUUGAAAGAGGACAUUGGAGAGUCCAUCCUCUUUUUCUUUUCUAGUUUGCUCAUACUACAUUGAUUGAGUAGACACAUUUAAGGAUGGGAUUAUGAAUGCUUCUUGAGCUUUUUGGUCCUAAAAACAAAAAUCAAACCUAUAGUAAUGACAAGACAAGAUAAUCAGGCAUUAAUCUUGGAUAGCUAAAGAACUAUUAAAACUCAAGCCUGGGACAGCUUAUCAUGAAGCCUGUGGAUGAUCAAUUCUUUAAAAAAAAAAAAAAAAAAAAAAAAGCUCAUUUCAUGCUCUGCAAAAGGAGAGACUCCCAUGAAGCCUUUUGAAAGGGAUCAUCAUGCAGCUCAGCUUUCUGUUGGAUUCCAUGCUAAGCAAGCUAACCUUAUCCAGCAUUGUUAGCACUAGGGCACCCAACCGCCAGCUCUACAGUCAGCUGCCCUUAGGCCCUUGGGUCUGUGUGCAUGACACCCUCUACCACACAGGGCCUGAGUUCGGACCGAGGGGCCAGAAGGAAAAAGCUCCAUGUGCCUCUGUGUCUGCGUGGGCCAGAAGAGUUGUGCACACAGAUUAACAGGCCAAGGUCUGAGCCAUGGCAGCAUUUUUAUUUCAGAUUUUGAUAACUGUUUGUAUGUGUUGAAAACCAAAAUGACAUCUUUUUAAAGCUUGUCCAUAAAAAACAUAGACGUCUUUUAUAGUGAAAAACACAUGGGAAAAAAUCAUCUAUUUUGAUGCAGCAUUUGAUAAUGAUAAAACACCUCACACCUCACUCUUUAUAGUACACAAAAUGAAUGAGGUCUGGGCUAAGUAGAAAAAAGGUCAAUGCUGUUUUUGUUUUCUUUUAGGAUCAUUACCUUUUACCAUCUUUUAACCAUCUGAUAUCUAUAGUAGACGUACUAUCAUAGUUAACAUAGUUAAGUUCGGCACUUGUCUCAUUUUAACGUAAAGAUUUGCUUCCGUUCUCCUGCAGGCAGUCUCUGUCCCUCCCAGUCCCGUUGUGCAGGUGCUAUUGUUGCUCUUGUCAAUAUUUUCAGAAAUGUUAUUUUCAGUGAAAUUCUAGCCUGCACUUUGAUGUUGUGUGUUCCCUUUUUGUGUUUCAAACUCCCAGGUUCUCCCCUGGCCCUCUCCCUUACCCCAGGAAGCCUUGGAGACCUUACCCUGGCUCUUUGGACUUUGUAUACUUUAAAUAAUUUAACUACCCUUAAUUACUUAAAAAAAAAAAAGCUUUAUGAUUUUCAUAACUUAUUGCCGAUUUUAAUGGGUUAAUUUCAGUCCUGUAGUUUUAUUUUGUUUAGAUAGGGCUGGGCAAGGAAAAAGAAAAUAAAGACAACCAUAUUUAGCAGUGCAGUUGAGUUGUGUGUGUAAUGUUAGACCAUCUUUUGUAAGUAGCACUUUUAACAGCUCUCACUGCUUCUAUAUAUGAAGUGAACCAUCUUGGUCAUACACAAGGCCUCAUCAUAUACUUACGUGUUCUUGUGCUCUUCCCGUGCCUCCAAAAAUAUUUUGUCCUUGAUUGUGGUAUGUUUGACUGGAAGAAAUUCUUUGAAGUAGAUGUGUGAAAAACUGCAUGCCUUUAGAAAGCCCAUUAUUAGAACUUGCUACUUCAGGUGCUGGGGACUUAAUGAAAAACAUGAUAAAAGAAACUCAUUUCUGUGGCCCAGGUAAAUUAUUUCUGGUUUCAUUUAUAAUUACUCCUGGCCAAGUCAAAAUGUUGCUCUGUAUGUUUGCUUAUUUUUGACUUUCCCAAGGGAGACAGUUUGAAGACUCUGGUAACUACCAUGGAAAAUAAAUGGAAGCCAGUGACAGAGCUUCCAUUUUGUAAUUCCCAUGGCAUUCUCUUGCAUCACUUGCCGAGGGCUGGAAUUCGGGACUUCAUUUAGGUGAACUUGAGGUGCUGCAAUUUUGUUGUAUAUGUACAGGAUGGUGGGCUGGGAAGCCUUUGUCACGAACCUACAGUACCUAUUUCAACUGCCCCCUAAAUUACUCCUUCCCUGAAUUUGUUUUCCUUGGGGGAGGGGGAUGGAGUGUAUGAUGAAUAAGUAUUAAUUUUUUUUAAAGACAAAUGGACUUUGAAGAUACAAAAAGUUAACUGCAAGAAAUAAAAAUUGUGAAUGAA